AAGCAACGGGAAGCGGCGGGCCGGUACGCUACCGGCGGACCCCGGGCGCGGCCGGACCGGCCCCGGGGCAUUCCCCCGCCUUGCGGGGGCCCCGAAUCCGCCGCCCCUGCCGCGCGCCCCGCUGCCAGACUUCCGAAAAUUUGCCAAAAACUCACCGCAUGAAUUUUCUUGUCCCGCGGAUCCAAGAUGGCGACGUAUCCACCGCGGAGGCUGCUGGGAGCAAGACCUUUACCCUCUGACCGCCGCCGUGACCCCCGUCGCUCCGGCUUCCCUCCGGGUGGCGGCGGAAGGUGGGAGCGGCGACUGCAAAGCAGCAGGGAUAGGCUCCCGCAACCUCUGGAGCUUGUGCGCGUACUUCUGGGACCGGCACCACGUCACCGUCACCUUCUGAGUAGAAUAAUCCAAUUCCAGAGGAGAUUAGGAGUUGGAUGAGAGGAUAGACUCUAAUCUUAGAGAAAUAAGGUAUUGUACAAGUUAUCAAGGCCUAGCAAUCCAACCACUUUGGCCAGAAUUAUUACAGAAAGUUGGAAAAAGAUUAACUUGAUGCAGAGUAAUCAGACCUAUGGACAUUGUGCUUCUUCAGUUUUUCUAACAAGUUUGAACAGGUCAGUGUUGUCACUUGUUAAGAAAAACUAACCAAGAUUGGAGUGUCACCUCUGGGCAGAGCUGAAGCUUCAUGUGAACUUUAAGUUCACAACUAUAAGUAGUGGAGAGAUUGGGCAUCCAUACUGAUUUCCAGCUUCUCCGAAUAUUUUGCUGCCAUAUUGGUCUUCACUUUACUGUCUCUCUCUCACACACGUUUUUCAUGGAAAUUUACUUGUUUGAUACAUGAUCUUCUCAAAGUCCAGUGAUUCCUACUUUAAAAAGGAUACCAAGCAGUUAAUCUAAUAAUACAAUCAAGCAUGGUGCCUUGUGCUACUUACUGCACACGUUGCAUGCCUAUGAAGCAGACCCUCUAAAUAAGAAGUGCAAGCAAAUAAUGAAAAUCUUAGAAGUCUAUUACUUGAACUAACAGGACUUCUAGUUUUGUCUCCUGUAAGAACUCUUAAGAGUAUAUAUGCUUAUUAAGGUUUUAGUAGGAAAAUUAUUUGAUAUUGUAAUUAUAAAGAGUUAUUAUUAGCUGUUUUAUCAUAAUCCAAAUUAAAAUGUAUAGCUAUGUUAAAAAUUCAUACAGUAGUCCUAGUUAAACCAUAUUUUUAAUAUUUUUUAAAUAAAAAUUCAGACUCUAAGGAGAAAAAAUUAUUUAUUAGUCUUAGGUCUUAUUUUCUAUGUGAAUGGCAUCAGGUUGAAAUUAUCACAGUUUUAGUAAAAUAUUAUUUUGGCCUCACUAAUAAAAAUAUAUGCUUUACUGAGGGAACCCUAGUGUUAUGCCAAGGAAUUGCUUCAUUGGCCUGAUCAUUAAUAAUCAUUAGACAAAGAACUAGGGAAAAAACACCACAUUUCACAUUUGUCAGACAAGCUUAUGACCUUAAAACCUAAAAAGUAUGGCAAAUAAAUUGCAGUGUGGUUAAUUGAGCUUAUUCAGUUUACAUAUUUUUAUAAUGUAGGCUUUGACCAAGAACCUUUCAACCCAAUCUAUUAUAACAGAUUUAAUUGCUCUUCUCUCCUUAAAAAGUUUAUGACAGUUAAGAAAGCUAAGCAAAAGUUUUUUUAAAUUUCUGAUUUUGACUUUUAGAUUAGCUACUUAAUUAGUAGAUGAAAUUGAUAAAUAGCCACUAUGAUUUUCACUGUGACAGUUUGUUGUAAAAUAAAUUAAAAAUACAGAACUUAAGUUUCAGCCUUCCUAAAUUGCUCCCUUGGACUUUACAACUUACUGUUGCCCUUGAGAAACUGGAUCACUGAACGAAAUCUCUUUUCACACUACCUUCUCUCUAGCAAUCUACUGUCUAACAGAUGGAGAUACCCUAACCCUUGCCUCAGAGGGCUUAAACCAUAGAGAGAGUGAAGCAGGCAAUAGAAAAAUCAUAAAUAAAAUUUGGGUAUGUUAAAUGUGGUUAGGUACUACAGGAGAAAGAUAAAGCAAAGAAGGAAUGUAAGGAGUCUGGGUAGGGGUAGGAGCAUGGAGGAUUGUAAUACUAAUUUCGAUGAAAGGAAAGUCUGAAAAGACGACUACAUAGAAACCUGGAGAAAGAAAAUUACAAACCAUUGAAUAUCCAGGGAGGAGCAUUUCAGGCAAAGGGAGCUGCACAUGCAAAGUCCUGGUAUGUUCAAGGUCCAGCAUGAAGACCAAUGAGCCUGGAAAGUAGUGUGCAGAGUGGAAGCUCACUAGGAGACGAAGUAAAAAAUGUAAUGAGGUGAGAGUAGGAGUCCAAUGAAGAAGAGUACAGAGUUCCAAUCAUAGGUCACUGUAAGCUAUUUUGGUAACUUUGAUUUUUACUGUAAGUGAAAUAAGCCUUUGGAGGACUUGAAGUAGAGAGGUGACAUGAUCUGUUUUAUUAAGAAGAGCUAACUGAAUUGGGGAAGAAACAGAAGCAGCAGGAAGGCCAGGUAGGAUGCUAUAGCAAUAUUCCAAGUAAAAGGAGAUAAUGACUUGGAACAGAGCAGUAACAAAGGUGGUGGUGAGAAGCAGUCAGCUUCUGAAUGUAGAAUAAAGAGCCAUUAAAUCCAUUUAGCUUAUUGACUGAAGUACUGUUUUUGUAAUUAUUUGUGAUACAUACUUUCAUAGUAAAAUGUUUGAAAAAUAUAGGUAGGUGAAAAAUCACAGUAAAAAUCACCCAGAACCUCACUCUAAACAUUUGAUGGAUAGUCUUUCACUUUUUCUGAAUGUAUGUGUGUAUGUAUCCUAUAUUUAUUCAAAUGUGAUCAUACAAAAAUCAUUUGUUACCCAUUAUAUAUAUUUUUAUAUAUUUUGAUAAUUUCCUAUUUCUUUGUAAAUAU